AGUGAAGCAAAACGCAUCGCAGAAAAAAAAAAACCCGUUUAUAACUCUCUCUUCCCCUUUCUCUCUCUUAACUAUUUCUCUGCUAAAUCUCCUCCUCCAGAUCUCUCUCUCUCUAAAUUUGUUCAUACCUCUCCUAAAUUCCUUCUCUCAAACCCCCAAAGAAUCAAUCAUUCAACAAAUCAAUCAAUGGCCUCCUCUGCACCUCCCGUCCUCCCAAUCUCCAAUACCCAACCCAUCACCGUCCCCUCCGCUGUCUCCGGCGGCACCGCCCAAUCCCAGCCGCCGAUUGCCACCCCUGCCUUCCGCUCAUUCAUCAACAACAUCAGUGAAACCGUCCGCAACGGCCUCUCCCAACGCCGCCCCUGGUACGAACUUGUCGACCGCUCCGCCUUCUCCAAACCCGAAUCCCUCUCCGACGCCACUCUCCGGAUCCGCAAGAACUACUCCUACUUCCGCGUCAAUUACCUCUCUCUCCUCGCCGUCGUCCUCGCUGUCUCUCUCCUCACCAACCCCCUCUCUCUCAUCCUCCUCCUCGGCCUCCUCGCCGCCUGGCUCUUCAUGUACCUCUUCCGCCCCUCCGAUCCGCCCCUUGUCCUCUUCGGCCGCGCAUUCUCCGAGAGGGAAACCCUAGGGGUCUUGAUCGUGUCGACCGUGGUCGUGAUCUUCCUCACCAGCGUUGGAUCAGUUCUCAUCUCCGCUCUCAUGGUUGGAAUGGCCAUUGUUUGCGCUCACGGCGCUUUUAGGGUUCCGGAGGAUCUGUUCCUCGACGAACAAGAACCAGCUGCCACCGGAUUCCUAUCCUUCCUUGGUGGUGCUGCCUCCAAUGUCGCCGCCUCUGCCGCACCUGCUGUUGCUGCGCGUAUCUGAGGAUCCGAUCCUUGCGUUUGCUAGGAGGAUGAUUUGGGUAAUAGGUAGUCGUUUUUCGAUCAAUUCGGACAUUUUGGUAGAAAUUAAUAAUGGAAUUCAAACAAUUUCAAGAUUCUCUAUACGUGUAGAUUGGGUAUAUGUAAUUUUGCUGGUGGAUCUAUCAAUUUCUUGUUUUUGUUACUGAUGGAUGAUACGUUAAGCGUUAUAAAUUGACAGAAUUGUUUAUUUUUUUAAAAAAAUAAUAUAAAAUAGUUGGUUUAUUGAUUUAAA